AUCCUUUUCUCACUAUAAUAAAUUUGCCAAAUGAUGCUUACUUUUCUUGCAUCCAAGGAGUUGUUUGCAAGUCUGAACAAAGAUAAAAAUAUUUGAAAUAUUCAGAACAAAUUGUGCUGUCUCAAGUUGAUUUCCCAUAUUAAACGGCACCAAGAAUCCAAUCCCACCAACAAAGAGGAAUUUCAAAAUCAAAUAAUAUCCCCCAUUGAAUUUUUUUAUUUGCGUGAUAGUUUAGUUUGGUUUGACAUCUAUACACGAUACAACUUUGAUACCAAAAAAUUUGAAGUCAAGCUGCAAACUUUCUCCACCCCAACAAGAGAAAUUUUCAAGAAACCUAUGGAGGAUUACAGAUCAAAGUCCAAUAAUGAUAACAGAAUGCAGAUAGUCCCGUAUUAUGGACGCCCCUCUGCCAGGCCUAAUGAUAUCAGGUCAUACAGUACUCCAUAUGCUUCUUCUUCUUACUAUUAUGUAGCGCCGCCGUCUCCUCUGGGGCCAACUGUGCCGCCGACGGUUCUAGGUCCGCCACCGCCGAAGGACUGGAAGCUCAAGAAAGGCAAAAGCACAAGCGGGUCAACUUCAAAAUCUUGGACUUUCAAUGAUCCUGAGUUCCAGAGGAAGAAGAGGGUGGCUAGCUACAAAGUCUACACUGUUGAGGGUAAAGUCAAAGGAUCUUUGAGGAACAGUUUCAGGUGGCUUAAGAAUAGGUACUUCCAGGUGGUCUAUGGCUGGUGGUGAUUUUGCUGCAUAAUUUGCUUUCAUUUUGUCGUCCUUAUAUUUGUGCUGGAAUACGAAACAGGGUUAUGUGUUAUGGGCUUUUUAACUUAAAAUUUGUGAAAUAGGAUUUUUUUUUAUGCAAGCGAUUUUUGUCUGUUUUGUAUAAUUAAUCACAGUGCCCUUUUCUUCCACCGGGUUGUUUCUAGGUAUGUGGUUCACUGUUAAGGGUAAUAUCCCACUUAGAUUAUAUAUGAAAAUAAUCAAUUAAGAUGUAACCCUACUCAUAAUCAUGACACCAGGAACUUCUCAAUGGUGAUCUAGAAAACAUCAUUCUUGAGAUUUUUUUA